GCCAUCACCGAACUUUCUGUCAACAUCCACCAACGACACAAAAUGUUUGCAAGACGCGCAAUUCCCUCGGCCUUCCGAGCCGCCACUCGCGCAAGCGCACCUCGCUUUUCCCCAACCACACGCUUCCUCACGCCGUUCCAAGCACGACUGCUCUCUGAUGAAGUCCGCUCCGCAAUCGACAGAGCCAUUGCUUCAUCCCCAGUAGUUCUAUUCAUGAAGGGCACACCUGAAACACCCCAAUGUGGUUUCUCAAGAGCCAGCAUCCAGAUUCUGGGCAUGCAGGGCGUAGAUCCGGACAAAUUCACAGCUUUCAAUGUACUAGAGGACCAGGAGCUGAGGCAAGGAAUCAAAGAAUACUCAGAGUGGCCGACGAUACCACAGCUAUAUGUCGACAAGGAGUUUAUCGGCGGCUGCGACAUUCUUAUGACGAUGCACCAGGACGGAUCGCUCGCUAAGAUGCUUGAGGAAAAGGGUGUUGUUGUUCCUGCCGAAGGCCAAGGGCAAGCACCUUAAAAAGCUUAUUCAUGAAAACGGCAGAGAAUACAGGGCACGCGACCUAGUACUUACAUAAUACUGUUUUGUAUCGAUUGUGAGUGUUAUCAAUAGCUUGCAUUACUGUUAAAAGAAUGUGUACAUACGACUUAUACAACAUUUGCCGUUGGUUGGCCCUUGC